CGGGGGGAGCGCGCCCGCCGCCGGGAGUGGGGGGCGAUGGCGAAGCUCCGGGUGGCUUACGAGUACACGGAAGCCGAAGACAAGAGCAUCCGGCUCGGCUUGUUUCUCAUCAUCUCCGGCGUCGUGUCGCUCUUUAUCUUCGGCUUCUGCUGGCUCAGUCCCGCGCUGCAGGACCUGCAAGCCACGGCGGCCAACUGCACGGUGCUGUCGGUGCAGCAGAUCGGCGAGGUGUUCGAGUGCACCUUCACCUGUGGCGCCGACUGCAGGGGCACCUCGCAGUACCCCUGCGUCCAGGUCUACGUGAACAACUCUGAGUCCAACUCCAGGGCGCUGCUGCACAGCGACGAGCACCAGCUCCUGACCAACCCCAAGUGCUCCUAUAUCCCUCCCUGUAAGAGAGAAAAUCAGAAGAACUUGGAAAGUGUGAUGAACUGGCAACAGUACUGGAAGGAUGAGAUUGGUUCCCAGCCGUUUACUUGCUAUUUUAAUCAGUUUCAAAGACCAGACGACGUGCUACUGCAUCGCACUCACGAUGAGACGGUCCUCCUGCAUUGCUUCCUCUGGCCCCUGGUGACCUUCGUGGUGGGCGUUCUCAUCGUGGUCCUGACCAUCUGUGCCAAGAGCCUGGCCGUCAAGGCAGAAGCCAUGAAGAAGCGCAAAUUCUCUUAGUGGGGAGCUGGCUCGUGGGAAGCAAAGCGCAGAAGCCACGCCCCUCGGCGCACGUCCACCCGCAGAGCCCGUUUCCUGGCGCAGGAGGUGGAAGGCGCUGUGAGAGGUCUCUGAGAGGCUCCCCGCUCAGUGGCAGCAGAAACGGGCACAACCGGAGACUUGGAACCUCAUAGAUUGCAUUCCACGUGUCGUUGCGAUGGCUCAAGGGUCAAGCUCUUAGCUGUGUGGAGUAACCGUUCCAGAAAAUCCUAUAAGAAGUUAAUUUUCUUUGGGAAGUAACAGUAUAUAACUGUACAGUGUACGAUACCAACCAUUAUGAUUUAUGCUACUUAAAACUAUUAAAAUAGCGUGGUCUGUGUUCUUUUCUAUUUCUUUUUUAAUGCUUAGAACACCAGGGUUUAAAAAAAAAAAAAAGGGUCUUAGUGGGUUCAUUUGAUUUUGCUAGGUUUUACUUGGGAGACAGGGAUUUCUGCUCAAGUCUUGACCUCACCAUAGAAUCCCCGGUUUCCAUUCUGAAACAGCACCUUUUGGCUCCUGCUUGAAAAGGGAAACUCUACUGUUAACUCAGUGUCUGGGCACUUCUGUAACUCCAACAAGGGGAACCCUCAAAGAUUGGGAAAACCUAUCCUCCAGCACCUGCCUUUGCCUCACCAUUAUUUUGCACCAGAUUAUUUCUUAAGACAGGGAAAUGAUUCUGCACAAGACUUGUCCUAUCUUGAAGAGCCCUGUGCCUCUUCAUUCAUCUGUUCAGGAUACUUUUGAUGGAUUUUAUCUCUGUGCACUAGAACGUCCGUGAUGUGAAGGACACUUUGCAGCUUAGUUAAGUGCUGUUUUCAUUUCUUUUUUUUCUUUUAGGGUCAGAAAAAAAUAGUCGAAAUCAGCUCCAGCCUUGUAUUUUUAUUUUCUUCCUUCUUACCUUGAUGUUUUCCGUAUUAAAACAAGAAUCUUGCUGUG